UUCGGACUUAUUUGUUUUCACUGGGCGGCGUAAAAGUGAUGAAGAGUGAAAAAUUUUGUAAUGCCAUCAAUUGAGUAUUAAUUCGGUAGAAGGCUUAAUAAAAUUUUACAAAACCUUUCUGAAAGUCUAUUUUAAUAUAAAUAAUAUAUUGUAAAAGUGGCGGUGUUAAAUAUUAUAGUAAUUAUACAGGCUCUGUCCAAGGAGAGCAGUCUUAAAUAGUGCAAUUUAAAUUUCAAUAAGUGUAAAUCAUGAAGCAGAUUAAUGUAUCUGUAAUAGGUCUUUCGGGAACUGAAAAGGAUAGGGGUCAAGUUGGUGUUGGAAAAUCAUGUCUGUGCAACAGAUUCAUUCGUCCGAUGGCCGAUGAUUACUUUAUUGAUCACAUAUCAGUGUUGAGUCAGAGUGACUUCAGUGGACGAAUUGUUAACAAUGACCACUUCUUAUAUUGGGGAGAUGUACGAAAAACCACGGAAGACGGAGUGGAUUAUAAUUUCCAAAUAAUUGAACAGACGGAAUUCAUGGAUGAUUCCACAUUUCAACCGUUUAAAGUUGGAAAAAUGGAGCCAUAUUAUAAGCGUUGUAUUGCCACUAAGGUCUUUUCAGCGGAAAAGCUUAUGUAUAUAUGUAAAAACCAAUUGGGAAUCGAGAAGGAGUACGAACAAAAAGUAAUGCCCGAAGGCCGACUGAGUAUAGAUGGUUUCAUCGUGGUAUUUGAUGUUAGUCCAGUGCCAAAUCGACCGGUUGAAAAACAAGUUGACUUUGUUCACAAUGUAAUUACAAAUAUAUUGAAAAACAAAAAACCAGUUGUACUCGUUACAACCAAAAACGACGAUUCGAAUGAAAUUUACAUAAGGGAGGCCGAAAAAAUUUCACAACGUAAGGAAUAUAAGGGAUUGGUGCAGUUGGUCGAAACAUCCUCGCAUGAGUCUAUAAAUAUAGAUUUAGCAUUUAUACUUCUUGCUCAAACUAUAGAUAAAGUAAAGAGUCGUGUGAAAAUUACUUCAUACUAUGAGGCUGCGAAAUCACGUAAAGAACUAUUGGACACACGUUCUGAAGCUGUUACAAGACUAAUUCGUAACCAAAUAAUUGAUUAUCAUGUGCUUUGGUCACAGGGUUCCAAAAUAUUAGCACAGUAUAGAGAAUGGACAGAGUUCUUAAAUAUUUUUGGUGUUGAAGCUGGUCAAAAGCUCUUUAGGCGUCAUAUGAAGAAGCUACGUGAUGAUCAUUUAAAUAAGAAACUUAAUCAGUAUAUUGAUAAGUUUGCUAAUGCGUUGGAAUACCUUCUACCCGACAUAAGUACUUUGGGCACGGUUGAUGAAAACAUAUGGGCAAAUGCCAAAGGCAUAUUGAGAAGCCAUCCGGACUUUGACCGGCAUUUUUUCGAAUGCCCUCAAGCUUCAUGGACUGAAUUAGUUGAUAUGGAGGAAGCCGAAGAUGAAGUUCGUAUUCCAUUCGACGUGUUAGAUACUCCAGAAGCUGAAACAAUAUUUAGAAAUUAUGUUAAUGCUGUGCAGCAGGAUAAGAAGAAGAUUGGAUGGAAACAUCAAUUUAAACUAUUAUUGGAGGAAUCGGGCUUUGUGACUCCUGGCAAACAGUUAUCAGAGGUGCGCGUGCUUUUCAUGGGUCGAGAAUGUUUUGAAGCUUUAUCAGAACAUGAUUGCCAACAAAUUUAUGACAUUCAUCAAGACGAAAUUAUUGAGAAGAGCAAGCAAAACUUUAUAGAAUUAUUGCUAGAAAACGCACAAUUCUUCCAACAGUUUAAAAAUGUUGAUAUUAUUACUCAAGAAGAUGUUCGCGCAAUUACAGAUCUUAUACAGGACGAUUCCAGGUAUAAAAUAUUAGAUCGACUUGAUCAGGAGCGACGGGUUAUUCUCUUUCAACAUUUGGGAUUUAUUCACUGUCCCAUACGCGAGCACUGUCCUUUCUUCCAUAACUGUGUUGAUAGUUUAGUAGAUGAGUGCUUAGUGGAUAAGUCGUCGAACCAGAAGAAUUCAAGCACUUGGAAAUCUUCGGGCUCUGACAGAACUUUAAAUCUAUUAAUAGUCGGAUCCGAACAUCUUGCAAGCGAUUUGCUCAAUGAUAUACGCAUGUGCACAGGAUCAAAGGGGGAAUAUGUUUAUGAGAACCAAACCUAUUACCUCAAUUAUCGCAUUGCCAAUGGAGAUAUGGAAGCAUUUAAGUCAAUUGAUGUGCAUUCGAGUGGUUUAAUUUGUGUAUACUCAAAUCAACAGUCGUUUGAAACGCUAAAGGAUAACUUAGAGCGCACUUUACUAUGUAAUUUGGAAUUAGAGGACAAAUUUGAGAACUUGCCUAUUGUUUUGGUGUAUCAACCUCAGGAUCUGAAAGAAAACGAAGUUGAGUACCUGCGUAAUGAAGGAUUGCGAUUAUCUGAAAUGCUACACUGCGAUUUUAUUGAUCAUCAACAAAAUCAACAAAAAUAUGUUUACGAUAUUCUUAAUAUUGUUAUUCUGUCUCUAAGACUUUCGGAGAUGAAAAAUUUUGAUUCAUAUUCUUCAAACCAUAUUGAUCUGAGAAUACUUGUUUGUAUGUUUUGUGGGGAUCAAUAUGAUAUAGAGAAUAUUAUAAGCCCACUAAUAGCUGAAUCGACAAACUGCAAAUCGUCUGAACAUUCCAUUUUGAUUGACGUAUUCAUAGGAGAUUCAAAAAAGCGUAUUGAAUUUAUCAUUUCAUCUUAUCACGGAAUAAAUCAAUAUCGUGAAGAGUUAAUUCAUGGAUAUAUUUAUUUUUAUUCUGGCAAACGUAGAUCGUCAUUUGCAAAUUUAAGUGUUUUAGCUGUACAAAACUCGAAUAUUCCGUUACAAAUAAUCGCUGUAACUGAAAGUGGAGGCGCAAAUGCCUUUUUCAAUAGCGAAAUUUGUCAAUUUCUAAUAACGGAGGGAAAUUCAUUGGCUGAUAGAUGUAAGGGGAAUUUCAUGACAUUUUCUGCCGAUCAAUAUGUUAAGUUUGCUUUCUACACUCCAUUUUUGAAAAACGUGUGGGAAAAUAAAUACGAAGUUGAAAAUUUGCAUGUGGAAGAAUCAAUAACAUUGGAUUCUGGAGAAGGCACGCUGGAGAAUUCCGUUAAUCAGCUACCACGCCCACCACCACGACAUGAAAGCUAUAUGUUGUCCAGCACUUUGGGUACGGAUGGUUCAGGAAGUGAAAACUAUGAAAUGCUACCAACAAGAUCUUUGAAUUCGCUAAAUGAGGAAAGGGACAUAUCUUUAGAUGAAAUUUACGACGACAACGAAAAGCCGAAACACCAUCACCAAAGGUUUCAGAUUUUCCCACCUCCAACAACUCCUCCAGAGCCAGCUCCACCUGAUCAUCAACUCAUAACGUGUACAUAUAAGAGUCAAUUCGUAUCGGCUUCCGAGUCUAGUUUGGAAGAAAUAACAUCAGCUGAUGUAAGUGGAUCAAAGGAUUCAUUGGCCACACAUGAAGCAGAGUGGCUGGAGGAUAAAAAUGAACCACGUAGAAAUUUAAACAAAAAUUCCAUUUGGAACAACUUUAGUGGUUCCACCCACGCUUAUACAACUGGUCGUCGUCACAUUGAUUCCAAUUUAAAUAAAAUUCGUCCAAAAGGCCCCAGUCAAACAUUGAAGCAACCCGGUAAAUUAAAUAUGAAAAACUUUCAACUCGUGAGUGAAGCAGUCGCCAAAAUGAACUUCGGAGGUGAGUCUUUUUUGCCAACUUCUGAUGCUGAUAAAUGUUCAAAACGUUAUACGCAUUUUAAUCAUACUCAACCUGAUUGUGACGAAGACGAUUCAGAGGAGUUAGCUGAAUACGAGCAAAUUUAUGAAAACGAAGACUGUACUGAGUCGGAUAGUUGUGCAAGUUCAACCGAACGUAAGGUACGUCAGCAGAAUAGCUCAUACUACAAGUUAAAUAAGAAACCUCCGACCAAUAAGAAAACCAAGAAAAAGAAAGUUGCCAUACCCGUACAAACGCCGAGAGUUCCACUCUUCGGCUCCUAUGUAAGCCCACCAGAGAUUCCUCAACAUUAUCAUCGAGCUGCGUCAGACGCUAAAAAAACGGUCGAACAUUGCACGAACGAGCUUGUAAAGAACGAUAAAUCACCAGAUUAUUCCAUGGUUCCUGAAAGUAUCAAUUUGUUUGGAACAGACAAUUUGACAGAAUUUAAUUUAAAUCCGAAAUCUCUUAAGGAGUUCGAAAAGACAGAAAAACGUCGGUUGAAGGAAGACAAUGCCAGACUUCGUAAACUGCAAGAAAAGGAGAAAGAACAAGAAAAGAAACACAAGCGAAAGUUGAAGCAAGCUUCCAAAGGCUUAACAGACAAUACUGAAUCUCAAUUUGGCAAAUUACUAAUCUCAGACAAAGAUGAAAUUCCUACAUUUCUUAUAAGAUGUGUAGAAUUUAUUGAGAAAGAAGGUCUGGACUCUGAAGGAAUCUAUAGAGUGCCAGGUAGUCGGGCUCAUGUUGACUUACUUUUCCAAAAAUUCGAAGAUGAUCCGCAGACUGUAAUUGAUGUGCUUGAUAUUCCAGUAAAUGCUGUAGCAACCGCGUUGAAAGAUUUCUUUUCGAAGCGUUGGCAUCCUUUAUUUAGCAAAGAUAUUAUUAAGGAACUUGAAGAUAUUGCAGGUUCACGAGGCAUUGGUUCAUCUAAAAUUAAUGUGGAAGUAAAAACAGAUCGGAGUUGCCGUUUGAUAUUAUUGAAGACUUUAUUACAGAAAUUACCGCCCAUGAAUUUUAUGAUCCUGAAGUACAUAUUUGAGCACUUCGUUCAUGUAUCAGAGAAUUCAAAACUAAAUAGUAUGGAUAGCAAAAAUUUGGCAAUUUGCUGGUGGCCAACACUAAUUCCUAUUGACUUUACGGAUAUGAGCCAUUUUGAGCAAUUGCGGCCAUAUUUAGAAGAUAUUGUGCAGACGAUGAUUGACCAGUUUCCCUAUUUGUUUUGCGGAAAAGAUGCUUUUGUUAUGGUUUAAAUACUCAUAUAUUCCAGGAUAAAAACUUAAAAUUAAUUUUAGAUGUUAUUAAGUGGAAGAAUAUAAAGAAACUGUGUUUUAAUGGCUUUGUUGUGUGAAGUGAUGUUUAAUUAAGAAUAUUCGAAUAUGCGUCUAAAAUAAUAAUUUAUAUUAUGUGUUAAAUUAUAUUUAAGCUAUAAAUGUUUUAAAUGUCUUGUAUGUAUGUUUAACGAGUUGUGUAGUGAUAUCUAUGCCAUGUGUAUGUAUGCUUAUAUAUAUAUAUUUUCGAAAUUUGGGUGUAUUAUUAUUGUAGAUGUUGUUCUUAUAAAAUGAUCUGAAGAAGCUACUUUAUCAAAGGAACACUUCUGAAAAAUACUAACAAUGCGAAUGAAAGAAACAGAUUGCAUUCAUAUACAUACCUAUAAAAAUAGAUAAAAGUAAAAAUAACGAUACUGGAAAGAUUUGUAUAAAUGUGUGUCUAUUUCAUGAUAUACCUUAUAAAAUUAUGCAUUCGUAAUCAACGCGAUUUGGUGUAAUUAUAUUUUUUAAAAUUAUAAUAUUUACGGAAAUCCAUACGGAUACCCGUCAUAAUCAAAAUGCACAAAUAUUAUAAUAACAAAUAAAAUAAUUCCAAACAAAUUUAUG